GUAAUAGGUCUGCGCAGCGCGACAAAGAGCUUGCUUUACGAGCCCCCGCUCAUAGAAUCACAUAGAUUUCGGGCUGGAGUAGCCGCCCACAAGACUCCCCGAGCCUCCGGGCCGCCGCCGCGCCGCCCCACGGGCACAGAGCCCUAUAGCGCCUAGCGCCUCCGAACGAGAGCGAUGGAGAAUAAACAGCCCCCGGCGAAGCGCAAGACCGACCAGAGCAGCUCGCCGCCGGCGCCGCCGGCGAAGCAACAAAAAAAGGAGACGACGCUCGAGUCGGUCGCGUCGCGCUGCCGCGACGCCAUCUCGGGCUCCCUGCUCGUCGACCCCGUGAUCGCGGAGGACGGCCACACCUACGAGCGCAGCACGAUCCGCGAGUGGUUCAGGCGGUGCGCGCAGCAGCCGACGUCGCCGCUGACGCACGAGCGCAUGGGCACCGAACUGCGGCGCAACUUCGCGGUGCGCGCCAUCGUCGAGGACCUCGCGUCGUCGCCGGGCCUCGGGGCCGAGGAGCGCGCCGAGUGGCACGUCGCGCGCGGCCGGCUCCUCUGCGAGCGCCAGGAGAGCAAAGACGGCGACGAGGCGAACAAGCCCGACGUCCGCGCGGCGCGCGCGGCCUUCGAGCGCGCCGCGCGGCUCGUCGACGAGCCGCCCGCGGGCGGCGACGCGCCGCCGACGGCGCUCGGCGAGGAGGCGCGCGUCUGCCGCGACCUCUGCGACGCCCUCCUCGACGUCGCGCGGCUGCGCGCGCGCGCGGCCACCGCGAAGGUCGACAUCACCUUCGCCGACACGGCGUUCGACGCGCUCUUCCGGCCGGCCGGCGCGCGGCUCACGCGGUUCCAGCAGCUGACGCGGGGCACGCGCGUCCGCGUCGUCCACGACCGCCAGGCCGUCCUCGCCGCGUUCGAGGCCCAGGACGACGUCCUCGGGCUGCCCGACGACUGGGAGGCGUCGCUCGGCUGCGACUUCAUCGUCGAGAACUACGACAACGGCGACUCGACGUACGUCCUCGUCAAGCCCGGCGCCUUCGACGAGACGUCGGCUACCAACGCCAAGGACGGGAAGUGGUGGCCGUACUCGGUGGUUGUGUUGCUGCCAUGA